GAAUUACGUGAAUCAGAUGAAUCAAAUUCUAAUUCAGAAGAAGAAAUAUCUGAUAAUGAUUUAGAACCUGAAAUAUCAACCACUUUGCGUGGAAAUCGCCGAGGUAGACCAAGAUUAACCCAAACUAGUCAAGGUUCAAACAAUAGUAAUCAUG